AUCUCAUUCAUUCUGAUCAUAUAUACGCAUCUCUCUCUCUCUCUCUCUCUCUCUCUCCCCUUAAAUUUCAAAACUUUGCUUCCAAAAAAUCUUUCGCACCAAAAACAUCACUCUCUUCGAUUCCGAGUUCGCCGGAACUCAUGCCAUCGCCGGAAUCUCUCGCCGUUCUCCGCCGGUAAACCGAGUUCUCUGUUUCUUCGGAUUGAUAUCUGAUUGAAUUUGAACUCUUUCUUGAAAGUGUUGGUCGUCACCGAACUAAGUGAGAAUGAGGAUUUCCCGCCAAAAAGGGUUCGGUUCGUAGAUUCGUAUGGAGCGAGAAGCAGAGAAACCAGGUUUCCCGCCAAAAAAGCUUGCUAGGCAGCUGGAUUUCGCUAACCAAAACGGUUUAUCGUUGAAGGUUGCGCCGCUGGAGAAAUCGAAGUCACAGCGAAAGUCCAAGACCGAAUUGAAUCUGCCUCCGUGUCGUUCUCCUCAUUCACCAUUGCCUGAAAUUAACUCAGGGUGCUCAAGUGUACAAUCACAUACUGACAGGGAACUCAUAGAUGGUGCUACAAAGGAACAAAAACGUUGCAAGUGCAAACAAUCAAGAUGCUUAAAGUUGUACUGUGAAUGUUUUGCUUCUGGAACAUACUGUAAUGGGUGCAGCUGCAUUAAUUGUCAAAAUAAUGUUGAGAAUGAGGCUGCUAGGGAAAUAGCUAUGGAAUCUACCUUAGAGCGUAAUCCAAAUGCAUUCAAGCCAAAGAUUAUUGCCAAUAGUCCUCACAGAACUAAUGAUAAUGAGGAUGAAGCAAAAAGUACUCUGCCAGUUGUAAAACACAAAGGAUGCCACUGCAAAAAAUCAGGGUGCCUCAAGAGGUAUUGUGAGUGCUUCCAAGCUAAAAUCCUUUGCUCUGAGAAUUGCAAAUGUGUAGGCUGCAAGAAUUUCAGAAAAUGUGAAGAGAGGUUGGCUCUUUCUAAUGGGAGCAAUACUAAAUCCACUGCCUUCAUCAAGCAGACAAAUUCUGCCAUAACUGAUGCUGUUGGGUUCUCUGGCUAUAGGUUCUCUCAAAAACCCAGGAAGAGGAAAUAUCUGGAUAGCUUUCUUGGUUCAAAUAGGGAGGGUCCACCAAUUUGCAGGUUCACACAAGAUCAGCAGGUUGUUGGUUCUGCAGCAUUGGCUUCUUCAAAGAUCAUUUACAGGUCCUUGUUAGCAGGUACCAUCCAACAGCAAGACAUGAGGGAGCUUUGUUCGGCUUUGGUGUUGGUGUCACAAACUGCUAAGAUUCUAGCAGAUCAAAAUGGUUCUGUCAAUGUACAAACUGUGAGGGAAAACGAGACAGCAAGUUCUCUUGCUAAUCGAGAUGGGGAGACUUGCCUCAAAACACCGGAGAUUCAAAAUGUUAUGCCAAAUGACUAUUUGGUCAGGGAUCAGGAAAAUAAGACUAGCAAUGGUGAUACCCACUCUGGUGAUGCUGAGAUACAUAAAGGAGUGCCAAUGUCUCCUAGAACACUUUCAUUGCUGUGUGAUGAGAAAGAUAUGUCGUUCAUGCCAGAUGAUUCCUCAGACCAGAUAAAGAACCAUGUCUCCAACACAGAUGUCUAUGCAGAGCAGGAAAGUCUUGUGUUGGUAAAAUUCCAGAAUUGUCUUAACAGGCUCAUCACACGUGGAAAUAUGAAAGAAACAGAAUGCUUUUUGUCAGCUAAAGCUGAAACAAAAAACAAUGAAUCUGUCAACAAUUGAACUGAAAAUCCUGGAACUGAAAUGCUGAGCAAAAGAGAAACUGCAGGCAAUGGCAACGUAAAAAAUCAUAAAUGCAGUACCAGCCAUUUUUAAGAGUAUGCCAACAGAGGGUGGCGAAACGUGCUGAAAAUGGGAACAUGACACCAAAAUUUGCACAAGAUUUGUAGAAGCUAAGUACUCAGAUUGAAGGGCAUCUGUCCACAACAUAUUCUUGCAAAAGGUAAUAAUUUGUGCCAUGGAUUAAUCUGGCUCUCUCAAUGGAGUGUAAUAAAAUGUUUUAGUUUAGUUGUGGCAAACGACUUUGAAGAAUUAAUUCAUAAUACUUGCCCCUUUAUUCCA